AUGGAAAGGAGUGGCAAGAAGCGGGUUCGAAUAGAUGAUACCGUCACCGAGAUCAGGCUGGCACGUCAAUACCUGCCACCCACCAACCGCCAGUCAAAUCCUUUAAUUCCUGUCCAUAUUCUUGAUGAAGCGUUCCAGAGAAUUCUCUUGGUAUCGGUUUUUGUGUUGAUCCAGGCGUGGAAGCUUUAUGAUGCAAUGCUUCUUAACACCAUUGCCGAUGACUCGGUGGUUGGCUCUUCUCUCAGUCGUAUGACUUUCGUGUUGAAAUACUUGCUUAUUGACGGGCUAUUCCUUUGGUUUCUUCCAAUUCUCAAUCUUCAAUACCUUUCAUUUUCUCCAUUAGUGACAUUGUUGUUCACUUUGAUCCUUAACUUGUUCAACAUAUUGCUUGCAAGCAAAUUGAAUAUGUCACUUUUCAUGGUGGUUGUGGGUCCCUAUUUCAAAUCCCUAAAACCUUCCAAAGAACUCACAGUAGCAGGUGAUGCUAUAAACCCUAAAGUCAUCGAUAUGGACUCUCAUUUCAAGGGUAAAUACACCAUCCAGUAUCUUCCAGAUUCGUUGGCAAAGUUCAAUGUUUUCGACCUACAUUCUGUGUGCCAAGACCCAGAAGAAAAGAUACCUUUCCAAAUUCCUAUUGAGUUCAAUACCACCACUGAUCUUGGACUUCUUGAAAUCCAGUACACAUCUCCAGAAAACAAGGUGUCCCAAAUAGUGUUCCAGGAAUCUGAUCUCCAUAAGUUGAUCAACAAGGAUUAUUCUCAUCUAAAAUCAAAUAAAAAAUACGUGAAAGACGAUUAUAGAGUGUUUUAUCUUGAAAUUCCCGUUCGAGAACCAGGUUCUUAUAAAAUCAGCAUAGUACGAGACAAGAGUGGAACCAACAUGAGAUAUGUGCAAAAUGAGUUUUCCUUUGCUUACUGUCCGGGUGCAUCAUUCAUCUUACCUAAGAGCUAUGCAUCUGACACCAACAACAAAGCAUGUGUAGGGUUCAAGUUGGACGAUCUCAGCAUGAAACUUCCAUUAAUUACAUUUUAUGGAUCACCUCCUCUUGUUACAAAAAUCGGAACAACUAUAAACGGGAAGAGUAAUAAAGUUAUUGAUGCCGAAAUCAGUCUUGAAACUUUGGAUACUUUAAAAUUCAACUUCACCAGCCAAUUUUCCCACAAAAUUACCAGAAAUCUGUUGGAGCAAGAAAUCCUUAAGGACCCAAAAAUGUUUAAUGUCAAAGAGUCCAGUACAAUUCAAUUUCAGAUCCUUGAAAUCAAAGAUUCACUAGGAAACGUUAAGAGAUACAAUCCUCAGUCUGAUUCUUCCGAUUUGAGGUAUAAUCUCAAUUUGUUAACAAAGCCUUCAUUGAGGUUGAUUGAUAUGGAUUCUUCCAAGAAGCUUUUGGUCAAUGGUACUAAAGAUCUCAGUUUUGCAACCAGUUCCAACAUAAGAGAACAACUACCAUUCACUGCUUAUUAUGCAUAUGAAUCUGUGAUAAAUCCUGAAUUGUCAUUCAACUUUUCUCAUAAAUUCUCUACCUUUGCUGACUUACAAAAAGGGAUAUCCGUCUCCAAUCCUGGAAUUUAUAAGCUUCUUCGUGUUUCUGGGAAAUACUGUGAGUGUGAAGUUCAACCCUCCGCCAUUAAUCUUGAAACUAUUUUACCUCCUCUGCUAGAAAUCCAAGCUGAGCCUUUGGUGGACAAUUGUGUUGGUAUGACUGGUUAUAAUUUCAAGUUCAAUGCAAAGGGAAGCGCUCCUUUCACUGUGGAAUAUUCCGUAUAUCAAAAUUCAAGUCUGGGGACUUUAAGACCGCUUCCAGGGCCAAAUGGAAGAAUUAAGAGACUAUUGAAGAGCUCAAGCAAUGACUUUGACUUUGCUUAUAAACCUCCAGGAGAAGGCAACUAUGUGGUUAGAUUUGAGGCUAUCAGAGAUUAUGACUAUUAUGAUUCUCCUACACUCUUGAACGAAAAAGAACACACCUACCUGACAUACUUCAAACAGAGAUCUAAGGUUUCAUUCUUCGAUAGACAGUCUAAUGGCUUACAGAAAACAAUCAACCUCUGUAAGGGAGAGUCUACGCGUGUACCUGUGUAUUUCACAGGAAGCUUUCCAUUUACCUUCGACUAUUCAUUGAUCGACAAAAACUCAGGAAAGAAUAUCUUGACGAAACUCAAUCAGAAGGCCUACAGUAGACUUUUUGAAAUUGAUACAAAGGACAUCACAUUUGGUGGUAUUUUCGAUGUUGUUCUUGCUAACGUAGUUGAUGCCAAUUCUUGUGCUACAGAUUUCGAUGGUAAGGAGAAGGUUCAAAUAGUUGCUAGGUCGGAUGUUCCUGAAAUUUCCUUUGAUGUAAAACAACAAGUGUCUUAUCAUAAAAUUGUUGAAGGAGAUUUCAUUGAUAUUCCAUUGCUGACGAGGUUCUUCAAAAGUAAGCUGGGUACAGUAGAAUUUGAAGUUUCGAACCUUGAAAAUCUUAACGAUAAAAGAACAGAAACUGUCCAAGUUUCAACUCAUAUGACAAUAAGCAAACCAGGUAUCUACAAGUUGGUGAGCUUCACUGAUGGUAAGUGUCAUGGGAAAAUUUCAGAUAUAGAAAAGGCUAUCCAUGUUUCCUUCCACCCCAGACCUCAAAUCCGUGCUGAUGCAGACAAACUGAUCACCCAGUCUUCUAGUACUAAUGAAAGCCUUUUACUUAUAUCUGGAUGUCAAGGUUGUAAGAGACAAGCUACUGUUCAUUUCGAAGGUAAAGGACCUUUUAUGGUGGAUUACGAAAUUAAGUUUCCAAGUGGAAAAACUGACUCCAGAACUAUGACUAGUGACAAGAGCAAGUUGCUCAUCGACCUCCCAACUGACAAUAGUGGGCUCUAUGAGCACCGAUUCAAGAGGAUAUUUGAUGGUCUUUACACAAGAAGUAAAUCCCCUGAUAGAGGAUUCAAACCGCAGAUUAUCUCUUAUGAGGUUUUGCCAGCUCCAAGCAUUGUAUUUGAAAAGAUGGAUGUUUUAAAAUUAUGUGAAGCAUCCCUCAGCAAGUACAUUAAUGAAUUGGACUCUCUUUCGAUCUCUGUUUCUGGAAAAGCUCCCUUUUCUGCUCAAAUAAUGCUUAUUGGGGACAGCUUAGAGAAGAAGUUCACCAUUGAAAAUAUCAAUGGUCCCACAAUAAACUUGAAUGAUGCUGUUGACUCAAAGAAUGUGCCUAUCUGGAAAUAUCUCAAACAAGGCGAAUAUGAACUCAGUAUAACUCAAGUGAGCGAUAGCAACAGAUGUGAAAAGAAGACCCAGAAUCUCAGUACCCUUAUACUUUCAAUAAGCCCAGCUCCAGAUGUCACCAAGUUUGACCAAUCAAAGAGCUACUAUUGUGUUGGAGAUCAUGUUGGAUACGAUUUGCUAGGUGAACCUCCUUUUACAUUAUCAUACGAAUUUCAAGGAACUUAUCAUAAAGCCCAAACCACCAACGAGUUUAGAAGAUUGGCAGCAAAACCAGGUAUAAUUCAUGUCUCCAGUAUGGAAGACUCGUCUGCUGGAAAGUGUAUGGUGAACAUCGAACCAAGUUCCCAAAAGUAUAAGGACUUGGAAAUAGUGAUUCAUGACUUACCUUCCGUUGAAGUAAACCAUGGCGAUUAUAUAAGUCAAAACAUCCAUGAAGGAGACCAAACAGAAUUAAAGUUCUCUUUCACGGGUACACCACCAUUUUCUAUCACGUACGUCAGAACUCUUGAUCCAAACGUGAAAGCCAAGAGAACCAAGAACUCCAAGCUUCAUAAAGGCGUCAAUAAAAUCAUCGAGACUCAAACCAUCAACAACAUCAAGGACCAUGAAUACACUGUUAUGGUUGGUUUGGAAGGAACUUAUGAAGCUAUAGAAGUGAAGGAUAAGUACUGUAUGGCUAAAAGGGAAUUUUCCUACGAAUAA